AAAUACAAUAACACAUAAGAAAUGAGUAAGAAUCCUGUGCUGUUGAAGGUUGAAACUGUGAGUCCCCAUUCUUGACCCGAAAAAGGAACAGAAAAAGGAGCUCCAAUUAAACAAUUCGGGUCAUCUCCCCGGCAGGAAGAUCCUUCCCAAAAAUUCCAAUAUUCUUCUUUCCUCCUCCAACAACCCCACCCAUUCUUCUCCAUUCUACCAAAACCUUCUCUGUUUACAGAUCUGAAAACCCCAAGAUCAUAGUGCUGUUUUUCUCUAUCAUCAUGUGGUGAGGAUAAAAUCCGAGAUUCUGACGACCCGAUUGCUUUUCUUGAUUAUUUAUGUCUACGGGAGUGGAGAGGCAUGCGAAUUUCCCAGCACCAGCUGCUGCAACAAUGGCGUCCGAGGCGAAAGACACGCAGGCUAGACCCGGAUGCUGCAACCCGGUUAAGAAACCUGGGCCCAUAUCACUGGACCACGUGUUGUCCGCCUUGCCAGUUUCUUUGACUCCAAUAACGUAGGGUACUUGGAUUAUGCCCUAAUCGAGAAAGGGCUGUCGGCAAUGCAAAUCCCCGCGGACUACAAGUUCGCCAAGGAGCUUUUGGAAGUUUGCGAUUCGAAUCAAGAUGGGAGGGUUGAUUACCAGGAGUUCAGGAAGUAUAUGGACGACAAGGAGCUGGAAUUGUACAGGAUUUUCCAAGCUAUUGAUGUGGAGCACAACGGAUGCAUUAUGCCCGAGGAGUUAUGGGAUGCUCUUGUCAAGUCUGUUUGUUUUUUCAGGGAUAGAAAUUGAUGAUGAUGAACUUGCUAGUUUUGUUGAACAUGUUGAUAAAGACAAUAAUGGAAUUAUAACUUUUGAGGAGUGGAGAGAUUUUCUGUUGCUCUACCCACACGAGGCCACCAUUGAAAACAUCUACCGGUACUGGGAAAGGGUUUAUCUUGUAGACAUUGGUGAACAUGCCGUGAUUCCUGAAGGCAUCAGCAAGCAUGUUCAUGCAACAAAAUACUUAAUCGCUGGUGGAGUUGCUGGAGCGGCUUCUCGCACUGCAACUGCACCUCUUGACCGUCUAAAGGUGAUUUUGCAAGUGCAGACUACACAAGCUUCCAUCGGCCCUGCAGUUAAAAACAUUUGGAAGGAAGGUGGUCUUCUAGGUUUUUUCCGAGGUAAUGGGAUAAAUGUCUUGAAGGUUGCACCUGAAAGUGCCAUCAAGUUUUACACUUACGAAUUGUUGAAAAAUUUUAUUGGAGAUAGCGGGGAUAUUGGUACUCCGGGCCGUCUUGUGGCUGGUGGAUUGGCAGGAGCUGUGGCACAGACCGCAAUUUAUCCAAUGGAUCUUGUCAAAACUCGGUUACAAACUUAUUCAUGUGAAAAAGGAAAUGUUCCGAAACUGGGGAAAUUAUCAAAAGAUAUAUUGAUUCAGGAGGGACCUCGGGCCUUUUAUAGAGGGUUGGUUCCUUCUCUUCUUGGAAUUAUCCCUUAUGCAGGCAUCGACUUAGCUGCCUAUGAGGCCUUGAAAGAUAUGUCCAGAAAAUAUAUUCUUCAUGAUGGAGAACCCGGUCCGCUUGUGCAACUGAGUUGUGGGACAAUUUCAGGAGCCCUUGGAGCAACAUGUGUUUACCCACUUCAGGUGGUAAGAACAAGAAUGCAAGCUCAACAUACCACUUCAGGAGCUCCUUACAGUAGUAUGUCAGAUGUAUUCUGGAGAACGUAUAAUCAUGAAGGUUUGCGGGGCUUCUACAAAGGGCUUUUCCCGAAUCUUCUUAAAGUUGUACCUGCAGCAAGCAUUACAUAUCUGGUUUAUGAAGCCAUGAAAAAGAGUCUAGACCUUGACUAGCUGAUAUCUGGGAAACAACUGCUGCUGCAGCUGUUGAUGAUGAUGAUAAUAGGUGAAUAAAAUUAUUUGUCGAACUUGGUGACCAUUCUUGGGGGUUACACAUUAGAUUUUGAUUGUCCCUUGGAUAGCUUAAAUAGGAGUGGCAGUAUAGUUAUCCUCUGGGAACUGACUGACUAACUGCUUUGAGACAUACAGAUACAUGCCGUUGUGUCGUACGUGUUGAGUAAUACUAGGUGAUUGUUGUAGACUUCGGUCACACAAAGUGCAUGCACAACAAAUGCCAAAUUUGCGGAACUAGUCAUUUUGCGGGUGUCAAUAAUAAUCCCCUAUAAGUUCUCUCUA